UCUCUCCAUAAGAAACGUAACUGACGGGUCCAAAGUCCCCUGGAGCUAGACAUCUGAUUUUAUUUGCUUUGUAAGCUCCAAACACAUGCGACAGUGAGAUAUUUUUUAUAAGAAAUGUUCAUUCGUUUAACUUUUAACAUUUUUUACAACUACCUUUUCCCUUAAAUCGUGGAUAAUACUACAAACAUUCAUAUCGGACUACUCUCACAGUCUGCUAUCGUUCAGUAGCAGACAAGAAGGCAAGAAGGCAAAAUGGCUCGUGUUUUAUUAACGUGUUUUUUAAUUUUGAUAUCAGCGCAUCUGGGAAAAUCAUCCGGUGUGUUUGAGUUGAAAGUACUGUCUUUCACAAGCACGAGCAGUGUGUGUAAGGGGUCCAGCCACUGCCAGAUCUUUUUCCGUGUUUGCCUGAAGCACUCGCAAGCACUCAUAUUACCAGAGCCGCCGUGCACCUAUGGCACCGGAAUGUCAGAAAUACUGAGUGUAGACUCUAUCUCCAGCAGUGCGUAUAUAAGCGUGCCUUUUAAUUUCAAGUGGCCGGGAAUCGUCUCUUUGAUAAUCGAAACCUGGAACGCAGAAACCUCUGACCAGUCAACAGAAAAUAACAACAACAUGAUAAGCCGUUUGGCCACCAAAAGAAGACUCGCUAUCGGUGAGGACUGGUCUCAGGACGUGCAUCUCGGUGAGCAAAGCCAACUGCGCUUUUCUUAUCGUGUCGUGUGUGAUGAAUUCUACCACGGCGAGGAAUGCUCGGAUUUCUGCCGCCCACGGAAUGAUACCUUCGGCCACUUCAACUGUGACGCCGCUGGCAACAGAAUUUGCCUUCCUGGAUGGAAAGGCGAUUAUUGCACCGAACCCAUCUGCUUGUCUGGCUGUAGUGAGGAGAACGGUUAUUGUGAGGCCCCCGGUGAGUGCAAGUGCCGGAUCGGAUGGGAAGGGCCCCUCUGCGAUGAGUGCACACGGCACCCGGGGUGCUUGCAUGGCACCUGUAACCAGCCAUUUCAGUGCACUUGCAAAGAAGGCUGGGGCGGCCUGUUCUGCAAUGAGGAUCUGAACUUUUGCACCAAUCACAAGCCCUGCAGAAAUGAUGCCACGUGUACCAACACCGGCCAGGGCAGCUACACUUGCAUCUGCAAGCCUGGCUUCAGUGGCAAAAAUUGUGAGAUCGAAACCAAUGAGUGUGACAGCAACCCCUGCAAGAAUGGAGGCAGUUGCAAUGACCAGGAGAAUGAUUACACCUGUACAUGCCCGCAAGGCUUCUAUGGCAAGAACUGCGAGGUCAGCGCCAUGACCUGUGCCGAUGGACCCUGCUUCAAUGGUGGAACCUGCAUGGAGAAGGGGACCGGAGGCUAUUCCUGCCGCUGCCCUCCUGGAUACAUGGGCUCCAACUGUGAGAAGAAAAUCGACCGGUGCAGCAGUGACCCCUGUGCUAACGGUGGCCAGUGUCUCGAUUUGGGCAACAAAGCGACGUGCCGUUGCCGACCCGGGUUCACAGGCUCACGUUGUGAAACAAAUAUUGAUGACUGCUCAAGCAACCCCUGUCAAAAUGCGGGCACCUGCAUGGAUGGUAUCAACGGGUACACCUGCACAUGCACGCUUGGUUUCUCAGGCAAGGACUGUAGGGUUCGCUCUGACGCCUGUAGUUCCAUGCCCUGCCAGAAUGGAGGAACCUGCUACACCCACUUCUCUGGGCCUGUCUGCCAGUGCCCGGCAGGCUUCAUGGGCACACAGUGCGAGUACAAACAGAAGCCCACGCCUGUGAACAGUCCUGCUCUUCCAGCAGCCUUGAUAGUCUCAUUUACUUUAGGCCUCAUUACUCUGACCUUAGUGAUUUGUGCUGCCAUUGUGGUCCUGCGACAGAUGCGUCAGAACCACAAAGCCAGCUCGACCACAGUUCGAAACAACCUGGAUUCUGUCAAUAAUCGCAUUUCUUUGAGCCCGACCUCCACUUUAGGUAGAGAGAAGGAGGCCUUCCUUAUUCCUGGCGGCCCAUUUAAGGUGUCCAAUAAGGAUAUGGCGCUCAGAUCCACUACUGUGGACACACAUUCCAGUGACAAAUCAAACUAUAAGCAGAAGAUGGUGGACUACAAUCUGAGCAUUGACGAAAAGCACACAAACAACAAACUAGAGAAAAACUCUGAAUCAACAUUGCUGGUUCCACCUUUAAACUAUCCAAAAGAGGGAGUGUAUCAUCCUGUGUACAUCAUUCCUGAACACAUAGAACAAUGUGUGUUUGCUACUGAGGUAUAGCAGUAUUCUUCAAUCUGGAGCACCUCAAACACCAGUGGGCCUGACCCCAAAAAUGUUUACAGUCUUUAAGGACAAAAGGAAGACGUGAAGAGAGUAUAUAUCAUAUGCAUUAUAUUAUUUAUUUAUUCAUGCUGCUCACUAAAUGGACUACUUCUUGACAUGGACAAUGAUUUUGUGAAGACAAGCAAGAGACUUGAAGACUCGAGGAACAACUUGCAUUAUUUGCACUAUUUCCUUUCCCAAAUAGAAUUUAUAUAUAUUUGUCAUCAUAUUUAAAUUGUACAUAGACACAAGAACUCUCUGGAAGAGCUGAAGAAUCAAGGAUUCGAUAAUCACAGAAGCCUUGAAAAGGAAGAAAUAGGCAUCCUGAAGUUCAUCUGACUCUGCGAAUCACAUGAAGCCCAAACAAUCAGCCUUAUGGGUGGAGGAGAUACAACUGAAGGAUCUGGAACUGUGACCGUGGAGUAUUUGCUUUUUACUAUUAUUUUUUCGAUAUGGUUCGAAAUGCUAUUUAUAAAUGGAACUGUGAUGAGAAGCAAUCAAACUGAACAAAACAAGUUGUUUUGGCUGUGAACAAUGUGAACAACUGUCUUGGAAAUGUACAGUUUUAUAGGGCAGUGAUUUUACUUAGUGCCUACAAUGGAUCUGACUAUCAGUGACAUUUUCUCAAACCAAACCCAAUCUCAAUUAAGUGCCUCAUCCUUCAAUGUGCUACAGCUCAGUUAAAAGGUACUCCUUAGAAACACUGAAAAGAGCCUUUUUUAAACACUAUAGGAGUAUGCUUUUCGACAGUAGAUGAUUGGGUUGAUUUGACUACAGUUGUUUAAACAGCGAUGGAUGAUGGAUGCUGUUGUGUACAGCGGUUAUCCUGUCAACAUUCACUGCUGGUAAUCUAUUUCCGACAUUCCCAAGGCUUGAAAGGAUCACUUGAAAGGUCCAAACUGAUAGCCUCAACAUUGUCAAGAUUUCCUGGUUUUGUAAUCCUCUGCAAUCAGAGUAUUUUUCAAGAUUCUCAACAACAUAGGUUGUUCUGUCUUUUCCUUUCCUAUUUUUUUUGUACGUGGCAUUUGUUCCGUCGUCUUCAUUUUUUUAACCAUUUAAACCAAAAUAGAUGAUACUUUUAUAUUUUAUACUGUCUUCCUUAAUUUAACAAUGCAAUAUUGUACAAAAUCUUGAGAUAUUCCACUAUUUAAUUGGACUGUAAAUAUUUUGUAUUUAUGAAAGAUGAA